AUGGCACAUUUAUACCCUCUUUCCACAAAUCUUAAGUUUGUGUUUUUCUAUAACAUAUGUUCGUUCGUCUUAUGGCUUUGCUGCUUUUGUCGGUUUUUAAUAUUAUUACCAUUGGUAGGUAGAAAGUUUUUGCCAGGAGGAAUUGCUGAUUUCUUUCAUAUUGUAUCAUUAUUACCAUUGUGUGGAUUUUUCAUAAAAAAGACAUUAAUCAAGUCCAAAUUGCAGGCAAAUGAUGCGUGGUCGUUAGCAAAUGGCGUUAGAAUGGUAUGGAUUUGCUAUGGUGUUAUCUUUCCGCAUCCAAGGAUAGCGAAGCACACAUCAUAUUCAUUGCUUAUAUUGUCGUGGUGUUUGAUGUACGUAAUUCACUUUGCAUACUAUAGUUUCAAAGUUAAAACCCGCAGCACGCCGUCGUGGCUCUAUUGGUUACAAUAUCAUCAUUUUUACUUAACGUUUCCAUUGACAAUGGUUGCAGAAAUGGUAUUAAUAUUCUUGAGUCUUGCAUUUGUCAAGCAAGAUCAUAUAUAUGAAAUGUUUUUGCAGGCUGCUUUAUUGAGUUAUAUACCAGCAGGUUAUUUUUCAUGGGGAUAUUUGCAAUCAAGGAAAUCUUGCAAGUAUGAUAGCAUCAUAGAAAAGAGAAGACAGCGUUCUUCAAAUCGCCAUCAAGAGCAAAAUAGAACUGUUGCAUCUUCCAUUUCUUCUCGCAACCAAUAUGCGGUAGAUGAACACGAAUUGCGAGACAUGAGUUCCAACUAA